AUGUUCAUCCGCACCCACCGUGUCAUGUCUGAUGUCGUCCAUGUCGCCGCUAAUUUCUCGUUCAUGGGGUCACUCUCGCCGGGUAUCGCUCGAGACCGGAAGAGCGUCCAAAAGUCAUCGUCGCGGGUGCUCCCGCCCAACAACAGACCCGGACUAGCCAAGACACGCAGCAAAGAGUCGAUUCCGCCUGUGCCGUCCAUGGGCCAGCCCAAGAUAUCGCAGCGACUGAAUCCCAAAACCGUCGGCCCGAUGGGCAAGGAGGACCAUCAUAAAACGAUCUUCAGCGAGGUGUACUCGAAAGGAGGGAUCCCCUGCCGUCUUAACCACGGGUCCGUCAAGCAUUCGCUGACAUGGAUCCAAGCACCGGCAGGACUGGACUAUGAUCCGCUCUACUUGACCUUCCUUGAAGGUCUGCGCGAAACAGAGCAUCCGUAUACUUUCAUCGUGCGAGAAGGACUCACAGCGCUUAUGGAUGCCGACGGUGCCAAGGCCAAGCUGAUGCCCCUGAUGCCUCGGAUGGUCAGCACUUUGCGAAAGGGGCUGGCGAGCCACAACAAGAAUACGGUCCUGGCGACACUGAAGGUGCUUGCGCACCUGUCGCGGACACUCGGACCAGCCAUGAACUCGAUUCUGGGGCCUCUGCUUCCGCCCGUCGCGGCGCAGGUGAUGAAGACUGACUGGGAAUGGCGACAGACGGUACUGGAGACGCUCAAGACGAUCGAGGUGCACCUGGGCGAGACGGCGCUCAAGCUGAUCAAGUCCAAGGUGCCAACGUAUACGUCCGCGAGCGGCAUCUGAAGCUGCCGUGGCGAGCGAGGGAGGUGCGGUGAAAGAACAGAUAUCGCAAUGGCGGGAGCGAAGGGUCAUGCGCGACAACCAAACACGACGCAG